ACUGGGAUAAUAAUUCGAACUCUCUGGUUUUCUGGUUCAAUGUAAACUUGCCAUAGUCUUCCUUUUUUAUUUGCGUACGGAUACGCAUAUGUAUAUCGAAUGGGAGAGUGAGUUAUCAGGUGAAAUUGAGCGGAUUCGGAUCAAGAGAAUAAGUGAGAUUUUCUUCAUACUAUUCACGAAAGGAACGAAAUUGCACAAAUGGUGCGCUUGCCGCGGAAUACGUAUGCUAGACUGCUAAAAUCUUGCGGGAAGGUCUCCUAAAAGGAGCGCCUUUGAUGAGAGAUUUUUCUUCUGGUAGUCAGCUUUAAGGAUUAUUUUAGAAAAAUGACGGAGAAUCGAGGAAACUUUUCAACUCCAAGUAAUCAAAGUUCAAGCAGACCGUUUAACAUGCAACAUCUGGAUUUUGGAUCUAUUAAUGACGUUCAAAAUGAUUUGUCAGAGAAAAGAAGACAGUUUAAGCUUAAUUUUCAAACACAAGGGAGUAAUAUAUCAUUUAGCAAUUCAACAAAUUCUACACUUUCUAAUUCAACUGGAACAACAUCUAGUUUACCAAUAACUACUCGUCCAAAUUUGCCUUUAUCUUUGCCGAAAUUGCCAGUAAGACCGUGCACUGCAAUUCCAGAACUGCCUGAUAAGGCGAGGGAUAAAUUACGAAUGUGUCAGUCGAUGCAGAGUACUGGCAAAUUACAGCUAUCACCAAAUGUAGUGUACGAUUUCACAAGUGAAGAUUUACAAGAUCUAGGAGAAAUAGGACGAGGAGGGUUUGGUACUGUAAAUAAAAUGGUUCAUAGGAUAAGUGAUACUGUCAUGGCUGUGAAGAGAAUUCGUUCUACAGUGGAUGAAAGGGAGCAAAAACAACUAUUAAUGGAUUUAGAGGUUGUAAUGAAAUCCAAUGAAUGCCCGUGCAUCGUGCAAUUUUAUGGAGCUCUAUUUAAGGAAGGCGACUGUUGGAUUUGCAUGGAACUCAUGGAUACGUCGUUAGAUAUAUUUUACAAAUUUAUUCACGAGGUAUUGGAGGAAAGAAUACCCGAACGUAUUUUAGGAAAAAUUACCGUCGCUACUGUGAAGGCAUUAAAUUACCUCAAAGAGAAACUAAGAAUAAUACACAGGGACGUGAAACCUAGCAAUAUUCUAUUAGAUCGGCAUGGUAACAUAAAGCUCUGCGAUUUCGGUAUAUCAGGACAGUUGGUAGAUUCCAUCGCGCGGACUCGAGACGCUGGAUGUAGACCGUAUAUGGCUCCAGAAAGGAUAGACCCUCAACGUGCAAAGGGUUACGACGUCCGAAGCGACGUAUGGUCGUUGGGGAUUACGUUAAUGGAAAUAGCGACUGGGUACUUUCCAUAUCCGAAAUGGAACUCGGUCUUUGAACAACUUUAUCAAGUGGUCCAAGGUGAUCCGCCACGGCUGUCUCCCAACGAAAACGGGAACCAUUUCACUAUGGAUUUCGUGAAUUUCGUGAACACGUGUUUAAUAAAGGAGGAAACGCAGCGACCAAAGUACAAGAAAUUACUGGAGCACACGUUCAUCAGAAAGGCUGAAGAAGAUACGGUCGAUGUUUCAGCAUACAUAAGCGGCGUUCUGGACAACAUGGCUCUCAGGGGAUUGACGCCUUUUACCACCAAUCGGCAUUAAACGGAAAACGACGGACACAUUUGUACCUUAAUUUCUAUCAUUUCCUUCGAUUCUUAAAUUUGAUUAUUGUACAUGAGUAGAUUAUCCGCACCUCGAGUUAGAUAUAGAUAGUGAAAUUAAUCAACAUUGAUCAUUGUCGAUAAUAAGAAUCAUUUUAUGUAGGAUCCUAUUAUCGUGUCACAGAGUUCUUGUAUACAUAGUAAUUAGAAGUGUUCUAAUAACGAGUUGACCUUUAAUGAAUAGUGUAUAGACGGAAGAUUGUAAAUCAGCUUUGUCAUUGGAAUUUCUUGAUACGAUUUCAAUGAAAAUUAUUGAUCAAGUCCGUUUACGAUCAGCGUGCUAUCGUUCUAAUCAUUAUGGUGAUGAAAUCCGGAUAUAUAUAUAUAUAUGUAACGUUAGUUAAACGAUAAAGAAAUGCAAUAUGUUGAUGUAAACGCUAUACUUUAAGUUUUUUGUAAUUUUCAUAGUGUUGUAACGAUUUUUGAUGCAAUCGAUUUAAGCCAAGUCAGGAAGGAGAUGAAACAAUAUAGGACGACUAUUAUUCUUGUUGGAACGAGUGAAAAGUAUGUAUAGCAUAUAGAAAAGUUCAGUAAAUCGUCUACUUCUUUAUCACUGCUACGAUGAGAAAAUGAUUACUUUUUCGUAAUGUUUAUGAGAAGAUUACAUUCCUUGCUUCUUUUUUGUCAAUUUAUAGGACUGGAACAGAUUGCGACGAGCGUGGCUCUAUUCGGUUCGUUUUAGCGUCGGGCAAGGAUUACUCUUGUAUAAACUUUUUGUACAAAAAGUUCUUUGCCUUCAUUUUUACAAUCGUGUCGGCAAGAGCAAGUUCCUUGUUCCAGGACAGUGGCAAAAUCAUCGCAUUUAACGGAAACGAUCUUGAUUUUUACAAUGAUAUAGUUCCUCUGUUGAAUUUUAUACAACUGUGUGUGUGUACGAGCAAAUAAAAAUCAAACACAUACACACGAGAAAUAAUGUAUAAAAUAAAUAACGUAUAUGAAUAUAUAAUAUACUAAUUACGUAUUCAAUACAUUGUGACACGUGUGAAUCCGCGCGCGCGCGCGCGCGUGUGUAUGCAUGGUGUGACGUGGGCAAGUAACGUAAUUAAUUAUCGCUAGAAUUGUUCCGCCUUCGUAAAUUUUAUAAGAAAGACAAAUUUUCGUAAGCGAAAAGUUUUGAGAAAGUCGAAUUUUAUAAGAGAAACGAAACAACACGAUAGCUUCAUUAAUAAAAAUCUUGAUUCCUUCGUAUUUAAAUAAAAAUCUGCACCUCGGCAUAAACUCUUCAUUGUA